AUCACCAUGUCAACGCCUACUGACCUCUUAGAGGCCGUUCAUUUUAUUUUUGUAGCUGCACUAUGGCCAGUUUACAGGAACGACCCCUGCUGCCUUUGAGAGGUCUGGACCUCAGCCUAGGGCCCCUGAGCUUAGAGACCUCGCUCUAGUUGAGCAGUGACCCCUUCCUCAGAGGUGGAUUCCUUAACUUGGCUGUUGUAAAUUGUGAUACAAUAAACAUGAGUCUGCAAGCAUCUCCAUGGUUCAAGAGGAGCCUGGAUGCGCUCUUUGACCGGCUUGUGAACAUCCGCAAAUACGUUCUGGAAGGCUAGAAGGCAAGGACUGUGGUGUUAAUUUUUAUCUACAUAGAACCAAACUAGCCUUCAGUCCACAGACUCCUAAGGUUGGAGAAAUCUCCCCCAAGCAGCCAAGAAGUUAGGAAAGCGAGCCCACCCACCUCCUCUGCUGGGCAAGGCUGGAUGGUCCCCGCCUGCGAAGAUGAUUUCAUGGAGGAAGCUCUGUUGGCGUUAUCAUGUGUGGACCCUGGGCUGCUACAUGCUGCUGGCUGUCAUUGCCCUGAAACUGUCCCUCAGACUGAGAUGUGACUUCGAUGUCAUGGAUCUGGACUCGAAUGAAUUUCGAAGCCAGUACUGCAGGGAUAUCCUGUACAAGACCCUGAAGCUGCCAGCAAACAGAUCCAUCAACUGUGCCGGGGUCACUCGAGGGGAACAUAAAGCAGUGAUCCAGGCGCUGCUGAAUAACCUGGAGAUUAAGAAGAAGCGACAACCCUUCACAGAGGCCGACUACCUUAACAUGACAGCAGACUGUGAACAAUUCAAGACUAAAAGGAAAUUCAUACAGUUCCCGCUGAGCAAAGAAGAGGUCAACUUCCCCAUUGCGUAUUCCAUGGUGGUUCAUGAGAAGAUUGAGAACUUUGAAAGGCUGCUGCGAGCUGUGUACACCCCUCAGAACAUAUACUGUGUCCAUGUGGAUCAGAAGUCCCCAGAUACUUUCAAGCAGGCAGUCAGGGCCAUUGCAUCAUGCUUCCCAAAUGUCUUCAUAGCUAGUAAGCUGGUGUCAGUGGUCUACGCUUCCUGGUCCAGGGUGCAGGCUGACCUGAACUGCAUGGAAGACUUGGUCCAGAGCUCCGUGCCAUGGAAAUACCUCCUAAACACCUGUGGGACAGACUUUCCCAUCAAGACCAAUGCUGAGAUGGUCCAGGCCCUGAAGCUAUUGAAUGGGCAGAACAGCAUGGAGUCAGAGGUACCCCCUGCACAUAAAAAGUCCCGCUGGAGAUAUCACUAUGAGGUGAGAGACACACUGCACAUAACCAGCAAGAAGAAGACCCCUCCACCUAAUAACAUGACCAUGUUCACGGGGAAUGCCUACAUGGUGGCCUCUCGAGACUUCAUUGAACAUGUAUUAAGCAACUCCAAAGCCCAACAACUAAUCGAAUGGGUAAAAGACACCUAUAGUCCUGAUGAGCACCUUUGGGCCACCCUCCAGCGUGCCUCAUGGAUGCCCGGGUCGGCUCCCUUGCACCCCAAAUUUGACCUCUCAGACAUGAGAUCUAUUGCAAGGCUAACCAAGUGGCAGGACCACGAGGGAGACAUCGAGCAUGGGGCGCCUUACACCCCUUGCUCAGGAAUCCACCAGCGGGCUGUCUGUAUUUAUGGGUCUGGGGACCUGCACUGGAUCCUUCAGAACCAUCACCUCUUGGCCAACAAGUUUGACCCAAAGGUGGAUGAUAAUGUUCUUCAGUGUUUAGAAGAAUAUUUACGUCACAAAGCCAUCUACGGGACUGAACUGUGAGACACACUGCAAGACAAUUGCUACUUGCAUGGCAGGAAAAAGCCAGGAUUUACUGGGGCCAUUGUGGGGUGGGCCUGGGGCUCUGGACUCCAUGUGUCCCUAGGAUGAGGGGGCUGCUACUGAAGCAUGGGUAAGUAGAUCUCUGCUCCCCGUGAGCUGCUGCUGGUGAAUGUGGCUAUUCCCCAGUUCUGUCCCCAAGAGCCCCUCUUUGGCUUCCUCACAGAGCCAGAGCAAGAACUACUGUUACUUAGGAGAAUAAGGUUGGAACACUGACCAGGGACUCUAGAGUUUGGCUGAAGGUUUUCUUACGGGUUCUCUACAGAGACUCUGUUUUAAAUAUUCCUGGGGUUGAUCACAGGAGGGGAACUUUAGUGGAAAGAACCCUCCCUUUUUGUACUGUUAAUUUAAAAUAAAUAGCUUCCAAACCGAA